AUGAAGGCCACGAAAACUGUACAAUACCUGAUGUCGGCAACGACGUAUCGAUACACAGUCUUGGCCAUCUUCUCCUUGGUGUCACAUAUGAGUCACGUAGUUGCAGCAUUGCCUACAGUUAUUGGCAAUCCUGGUUUUGGUUUCAGCUACAUUAGUUGUUACAAUGAUGUCUCGAAUCCACGAGCUCUUCCAGACGCAGCGCUCUUCUCGGUCCAGAUCAAUGUGACGAUAGAGAUCUGUGCCAAGUUUUGCUCGGGCUUUCAGUUCAUGGGCGUAGAAGCUGGGUCGGAAUGCUACUGUGCUAAUGUCGUCAACAACCAAUCCGCGAUGGUCACGACAGAGUCUGGCCCUACGUGCAGCGACCUGGAGUAUGCCUGCGUUGGAGAUGUCGGAGAACAGUGUGGAGGAGAUGAAGCCCUUAGGCUGUACGCUCAAGCAGGCGCAACAACAGUAGCACCAGUGCCUUCGCAUACUGGCUAUGUGUAUACGAUGGACUCGCUCGUGGUGCCGAAUGUGGCCAUCGAAGGCGCAUCAUACAACUAUAUGGGCUGCUAUACCGACCCCGGGCCAGGUACAAGAACACUGAACGGCAACUCCACCUACUACGAUGCUCCAAGCGUGGAGGGAUGUGCCAAUUUCUGCGCCAACUACAUCUACAUGGGUCUCGAGGCAGGAGGAGAAUGUUACUGCGGCAACACACUUGACAACGGUGCAGCACUCGCAAACUGUCAGAACGAAUGCUAUCAGAGCUGCGAGGACGGUGGGUCUGAGCGCUGCGGAGGCUACUUCAGGCUCUCACUGUACCAGCUUAACGGUCCCAAUUUUACCGAUCCCAGCCCGAGUGCUAUCUGCUCGUACAAUGGUCCGGCCACGGUGAUCGCUACUUCAUCGAAAACGCAUACAUACUAUGGCCCGAUAACGACUGCGUCGGCUGUGACCCAAGUGGUCACAAUCAACAGCGCAGGGCUGACAACGACCUUUCCAAGCUCGAGGUAUUUCUGUGAAGGCGGCUGUGAGCCUGAUGCCAACGACCCAGCCACGAGCAUGACCAGGAACAUGUCGCCUUCAACAACAGCUUCUGCUCUCCCGACUGUCCAAGCGAGGAUCAACAGAUGCAAUUUCAUUGGCUGCUACAGCGACAAUGGUGGGUAUAUGGCACUGGAUUACUUGCAGGCACAAGUGGCUAGCAAUGUCAUGUCGCAGGAGCUUUGUGUCAAUCAGUGCAUUCUCGGAGGCUACCCAUACGCAGGAGUCGAGUUCGGCAAACAAUGCUUCUGCGGCUGGCACAUCGGACCUUCCUCUUCCUUGGUCAGCAAUGGACAGGUAGCGGCAGAUGGACUUACACUUGCUUGCAACGAUCCGCUGUACUCAUGCAUUGGCAAUCGAACCGAGCAGUGUGGUGGCUUUGCAACGAUAGAUGUUUGGCAAUGCCCACUUGACGCCUCGGCGAGCAUUGCCAGUACGUCUAGUGCUAGCAGCACAUCCACCACGGACAGCACCAGCACAUCUGCUGUAGCUGGAGUAGCGAUUGCGACGGGUGCAUCAUCCACCACGUUCAAAGAUGUUGACCAUGUCUACGCCCCGUUGCCACACGACCACAUCCGCCUACUACGACUGUUUCCUGGAGCACAGUCGGAUCCUCUACGAGGAGAAUUGUACCACAUCAGACUAUCAGGAAACAAAUUUGACGAGUCGUUCGAGGCGCUUUCAUACUGCUGGGGUGAGACGAAGCCAGAGCGCAAGUUCUACGAAGGACUGCAUAUUGGCGAUACACCGCUACCCCUGACUGAGAACUUACAUGCUGCACUCCGCCAAUUUCGCCACUCACACCAACCCAGGGCGUUGUGGGUGGACGCUGUGUGUAUCAAUCAGAUUGAUGAAAUUGAGCGUGCUGGUCAGGUGGAGAAGAUGUUCGACAUCUAUGGUUCAGCAGAUCGAGUUCUUCUCUGGUUGGGACCAGAGACUUUGGACAGUCCAGUAGGCAUGAAUGUUCUUCGUCAUAUACUUCUGAUGCCACAUACUCUGGCCAAGGCACCCUGGGAGCUCCUACCGCACCAGAUGCUGCGAGAUGGCAUUGCAGAUAUCUUCGAGCGGGCGUACUUCACUCGCAUGUGGGUGGUGCAAGAAGCGUCGGUCGCACAAGACAUACAGAUGUUUUGUGGUACGCACCAAGUCUCGUGGAAGAACGAUCCUACUGCUGUGCGAAGUAUCCAGAGGAACAUCAAGCUUGCUGCCAUAUCGCCACAAUGGGCUGCAGCCGGCCUCGAGCAGAUCGACAUGGAUCUGUUCCUCCAAUUGUUACAACUGCAACUGGAGUCUGGGCCGCUUAGCAAAGAUCAACAACCAGUACGAUCAGCACCUGACCUCCUAGAUGUUGCUUAUGAACUACGGCACAGGCAUGUUACUGAUCCUCGCGAUCGAUAUUAUGCUAUACUUGGAAUUGCUUCACGUACAACCGGUCAAAGCAUGACAGUGGAUUACAUGAUGCCGGUUGAGGACGUAUAUGCCAGAGUGCAGCGACUGGUGAAAAGUGACGGCAAUCUUGACAGCAACCAAGUUAACACAUCGCAUACAAUCAAGGCCGACUCGGCCGCCUUUGCAAAGCAGACCUCUACUGUUCAGCACAGUUCGCAGGAUUCACCCAGCACCAUCAAGUGUGGUAUCAUUCACGACAGAGUCAUGACCUGGCCAACGUCUCAUGCAACGGUACAGGAUUACAUGACCCACCACGCGCAUCUCAUUUCACGAUCUCCGACAACAGAGCCACGCAUGGGACAGCAGGAAACCCUCCAUCAGUCUGUCACCGCUGCAAGGCGAGUGGAAUUCGCCAGCAAGUCGGCAAUUCAACUCGUGAAUUCCGGCAAUAGAAAAGAGGCUGCAGCGGUUUUGCGUUCUAUAGCGAAUGAUCUUGAAAGUGCAGACUAA